AUGGGAAAGGGUGGAAUGUCUCGUGGAAAUAGUGAGGAGGAAGAAGAGAACAUGGCGGCUUGGCUUCUGGGUGUUAAUAAUCUCAAGAUUCAGCCUUUCAAGCUCCCUCCUCUUGGCCCCCAUGAUGCUAGAAUUAGGAUGAAAGCUGUGGGUAUCUGUGGAAGUGAUGUUCACUACCUCAAGGAGAUGAAAUUAGCUGAUUUUGUUGUCAAAGAACCAAUGGUGAUUGGGCAUGAGUGUGCUGGGAUCAUCGAAGAAGUAGGCGCUGAAGUAAAAAAUCUCGUGCCUGGUGAUCGUGUGGCAGUCGAACCAGGAAUCAGUUGUUGGCGUUGUAAUCUUUGCAAAGAAGGACGAUACAAUCUGUGUACUGAGAUGAAGUUUUUCGCUACUCCCCCGGUCCAUGGUUCCCUUGCAAAUCAGAUUGUGCAUCCUGCAGAUUUAUGUUUCAAACUCCCCGACAAUGUGACUUUGGAGGAGGGGGCUAUGUGUGAGCCCUUGAGUGUUGGUGUUCAUGCAUGUCGUCGUGCGAAUAUUGGUCCUGAGACAAAUGUGUUGGUAAUGGGAGCAGGGCCUAUUGGGCUUGUAACACUGCUUGCAGCCCGUGCCUUUGGGUCUCCAAGAAUUGUGAUUGUGGAUGUAGAUGAUUACCGUCUUUCAGUUGCUAAGGAGCUUGGAGCAGACGAGGCGGUCAAAGUUUCUACUGAUAUGAAGGAUGUGGCUGCAGAGAUUGAACAGAUUAAGAAAGCUAUGGGAGAUGGAGUGGACGUGAGCUUUGACUGUGCAGGGUUUAAUAAAACCAUGACAACAGCUCUUGGGGCCACUUCUUCGGGCGGAAAAGUUUGCCUUGUGGGAAUGGGUCAUAGCAUAAUGACCGUACCCCUCACCCCGGCUGCUGUAAGAGAGAUUGACGUGAUAGGCAUAUUCCGAUACAAGAACACGUGGCCUUUAUGCAUUGAGUUUCUAAGGAGCGGUAAGAUAGACGUGAAGCCAUUGAUCACCCACAGGUAUGGAUUCUCUCAGAAGGAGGUUGAAGAAGCCUUUGAAACCAGUGCACAUGGUGGUAAAACUAUCAAGGUCAUGUUUAAUCUGUAG